AAUUGUUUCUCACAAAGAAGCAAACAGCGCCACUCUAAGGAAUGGAGGUGCACAUUGCCGCUAUUCCAAGCACCGCCAUAUUGAUAUCCCAACAACGUUGAGAGGGCACGUGUCAGCGUGAAUCCUAGUAAUGACUCUUAUGAGCCCAGUGCCCCCUGAUUAGACUGAUUGGAUGUCCUCCUUAACUGCUAAAACUAUCAGAGUCACUUUUCCAAACAUGGAUAUCGCCUAGUCCUGUUUUGUUUUAUUUCUCCAGGUAAGCUGCUUGAGAACCAAUUCUCAUUUGCAAAGACAACCUUGCCAAAGGUGUAACGCCUCUCUACCAAACCGACAAGGCAUCUGCUUUGCAUCAACCCACCAGUCACCUGCGGCUUGGAGGAAACCUCCAAGGUGAUCCAGAGAAGAUCCUGUGUGUAAUAUGUCCGGUCCUGUCCCAAGCCGCUCUCGAGUUUACCCCGAUGUGAACACUAAGAGGCCUCGGGAAUACUGGGACUACGAGUCCCACGUGGUGGAAUGGGGGAACCAAGACGACUACCAGCUGGUGCGUAAACUAGGCCGAGGCAAAUACAGUGAGGUGUUCGAAGCCAUAAACAUCACCAACAAUGAGAAAGUCGUCGUCAAAAUACUCAAGCCUGUCAAAAAGAAGAAAAUCAAAAGAGAAAUUAAGAUUCUGGAGAAUUUGCGAGGCGGUCCCAACAUCAUCUCACUGUUAGACAUCGUCAAAGAUCCUGUGUCCCGAACUCCUGCCCUGGUUUUUGAGCAUGUUAACAACACAGACUUCAAGCAACUCUAUCAAACUUUAUCGGACUUCGACAUACGGUUCUACAUGUUUGAAAUAUUGAAGGCCCUUGACUACUGCCAUCUUAUGGGAAUCAUGCACAGAGAUGUCAAGCCACACAAUGUGAUGAUUGAUCAUGAACACAGAAAGCUCCGUUUAAUUGACUGGGGUUUGGCAGAGUUCUACCACCCUAAUCAGGAGUACAAUGUGCGAGUGGCCUCGCGCUACUUCAAAGGACCCGAGCUACUUGUGGACUACCAGAUGUAUGACUACAGUUUAGACAUGUGGAGUUUGGGCUGUAUGUUGGCAAGCAUGAUCUUCAGGAAGGAGCCUUUCUUCCAUGGCCACGACAACUAUGACCAGCUUGUACGGAUCGCAAAGGUCCUUGGCACAGAGGACUUGUAUGACUACAUCGACAAGUACAAUAUUGAACUGGACCCUCGAUUUAAUGACAUUCUGGGCAGACACUCUCGUAAGAGGUGGGAGAGGUUUGUACACAGUGAAAACCAGCACCUGGUGAGCACAGAGGCCCUGGACUUCCUUGAUAAACUGCUGCGUUAUGACCAUAACGCCCGCCUCACCGCCCGCGAAGCCAAGGAACACCCAUACUUCUACCCCAUAGUUAAAGAUCAGGGAAGGGGACCCACCCCUGGGGGCAUGGUAGCCAGCUCCACUCCAGUCAGCUCCUCCAGUAUGAUGGCAGAUAUCACCUCCAUGUCCUCUACACAGCCACUGGCUAAUAUUGUUGGAUCUCCAGUUAUCUCCGGCCCGAACCCGCUAGCACCACAAGUCCCAGCAGCUGCCGGGGCACAGCCCUGAAACCGACCUCCUCAUGGCACCUCCUUACCUGUGUACAGUAUGUGCGCCUGUGGUUUGGUUCAGUCCAUCCCACUCAACUCCGCAUGGGUCCCGCCCAUGGGUUUCCUUUUUAUUACAUUGAGAAGAAUAACAGAGAAAAGAUGUUGAAAUUGCUUUUUCACUGUUCAGUUAUGUUUUGAAAUUUGGACUUGAAAAGUGUAUUGUUGCACCUGUAUGGAUUAUUGAAAGUAAUAACAUGGGGUGUGUGUUUCACAAAUGCAAGUUGUCUAGGACUUCUAACACAAUGUAGACAUGGAAGAUGAAGAAAAUAGAUAAUAAAAUGUAUUUUGUACGUCCCAAAUAUACAGUCUUGCUUGGAACCGUUUGUUUGGGGAUUCUGCUGUUGUAUUACACUGUGAACCUGUACACAACUUCACAAAUUGAGAAAGGAUUCUCUAAUGUACCCCAUGUGGCAGUGCUCAGUAGUAACAUACACACUACUGUUAAGUGCAGGAGUUUUUAAGUUGUUAAACUAUCAUACUUGGGUUGGACAUUUGUAGAUAUUCUACAGUUACGGUCAGGUUGCAUGCACCCAAUGCUGACUAUCAUAGGGUCAAUAGUUAGCCAAUUUUGUGUUACUGUCACUUCUGUAUACGUGUAUGCGUGUGUUUGUUUUUUAAUGAAGUCUCUUACACAUGAUUUUGAUUACAUAGACAAUUUUGUAACUUUUUGUUUUUAUGUUGGGAGGACUCUUAUCACUUGCAAAAAAAAAAAAAAUCGACUUCCAAAAUUAAAAAGGCAGGUAUGAAUAUACCUUAAGCAUUGCA